AAGGGGAAGUCUGGCCGGACACCGCUUUCAUUAGCCGCUGGGAGCGGGCGUGAGUCUACCGUAAGGUUACUGCUUGACAAAGGCGCAUUCAUUGAUUCUCAAGAUACCUAUGGUCGAACACCGCUUUCCGUGGCCGCUGAGAAUGGGCAAUAUUAUACCGUACGGUUACUGCUAAAAAAAGGCGCAGUUAUUGAUUCUCAAGAUAUUUAUAGUCGAACGCCACUUUCAUUAGCCGCCGGGAGCGGGCAUGAGUCUACCGUAAGGCUACUGCUUAAAAAAGGCGCAGGUAUUGAGUCCCAAGACAUCUAUAGUCGAACGCCGCUUUCAUUGGCUGCCGGGAACGGGCACGAGUCUGUCGUAAGACUACUGCUU